CACAGCCAGGCAUGUUGCCUUGUAGCACAGCACUGUAGUAUUUUAUAGACUCUCUGUCAAGCAGCAAACACUGACUGCUCGGUGCUGAAAAGGAAUCAUUUGAAUUGUUCUUCUGGAUCCACUGACAUGAUUAGCCUUGUGGUUACACCUGAGGUGUCCCUGGCAGAUGAGAAUGUAAGGGUCCGUGUAUGUGGUCUCCAGCCUCAACAGCUCAUCACUCUGAGAGCUUGGGUAAAGGAUGAGAAGGGGCAUGUUUUCAGCUCUGUAGCCUUCUACAUCAGUGAUACAGAUGGAGUAGUGGACCUGGAUCAUACACCAGCAGUGGGUGGAAAUUAUAAAGGAAUUUAUCCUAUGGGGCUAUUCUGGGCUCUAAAACCAGUCAACCCUUAUCUAAGAUUAAUAAAACGUGAUGUUAUGGGAAGCCCUUUCUAUAUCAACUUGGAGGUUUACCUCUACCUGAUACUCAGUUCGCCUCCUGAAAACCCUCCAGAAGUCUCUAAAGUUCUGGAGAGAUGGUAUGUGGCACCUGGUGUAAAGAGAAUUCAGAUCAGAGAAGGACGAGUGAGAGGGGCUCUCUUCCUACCUCCAGGAGAUGGUCCGUUUCCAGGAGUCAUCGACAUGUUUGGCGGUAUUGGAGGAUUGUUGGAAUUUCGAAGCAGCCUUCUGGCCAGUCGUGGAUUUGCCUCUCUUGCACUGGCUUAUUUUGCUUAUGAAGAUCUGCCAAACUUCCUAGGACACGUGGAUCUAACCUAUUUUGAAGAAGCUGCAGAGCUUUUGCUUAAGAACCCCAAAGUCUCUGGCGAUGGCGUUGGCGUAGUGGCUAUAUGCAAAGGUGCAGAGAUCGCACUGGCUAUGGCCACUUACCUGCCUCAGGUAAAAGCAACAGUGUGUAUUAAUGGAACUAACGCAAUUAAUGGCAACUCUAUGAGUUACGGUGACGUCUCCCUGUGUGGGAUUCCCUACCACAUAGAAAGAGUUACAGUGACAGACAUAGGCGUCAUGAGUUUAAGUGACACCUUAGCAGACACAAGAGAUCCAGCACAUCAGGACUGUAUACUCCCACUGGAGAAGGCCAGAGGCUCCAUUCUGUUCAUAGUUGGAGAAGAGGAUCAGAAUUACGACAGUUUGAAAUUUGCAAAAGAAGCAUUGGCCAGAGCAAGGAAGCAUGGCAAGAACAAUGUGCACCUGAAGUCUUUCCCAAGAGCUGGUCAUCUCCUGGAACCACCUGGGUCUCCUUUUUGUCCUGUAUCACAGUCCCCUUUUUUCCCACUUCCACUGAUGUGGGGAGGGGAGCUUCUUGCACACUGUAGUGCCCAGGAAAUCAGUUGGAGAGAGAUGCAAGACUUUUUCCGUAAGAACUUAAACAGUUCUAUGCAGAGCAAGUUAUAAACACCAAUUAAUAAUGUGCAGAUAGGAUCUGCAUGAGUGCCCUGACUUUCUUGCCAUUUGAAAAUUGUUGGAACAAAGUAACUGAAUUUUAAAAUGUUGUCCUAUGUUGUAUUGCUUAUUUGUAAUGUUACCAAUCCAAGAGCAGUCAUUUUCAGUGAAGACAGUCUUUCAACAUAUAAAGUGUGCUGCCCCUUUAAGUACAGCAAGUUCAAGGCAGCUAGCAAGACAGAACAUAUAUUAAUAUUAUGAUCAUUUAUUUGUAUAACUCCGCAAAAUUCUGUAGCGCUGGGUACAAAGAUAGGGGUAUACAAUGACAAGGAUUUGUGAUAAAUUACAAAAGAUAACAAACCAAACAAAUCUAGCAGCAGGCGGGCAGCAUCAUAUAAACACACCCAAAGAUAACUCCAUAAAUGGGCAAAGAGAAUAGGAAGUGCUGGGUUUAUCAAGACAGCAGCUGUAUAUAGGUGGAGCUAACAAAGAGACAGAAGUCUCGAAACGUUGCUGUUUGUCCUGCUGUCUCACGAAUAAAUAUCCAUGCUGUCACUACUCUCUGUUUUUUUGAUAUCAUUACCUUGACCUUGGAAGCAGGUCAUUGUGACUUUGCAGGAUAGCACCUGUGUGCUGGACUUUACUCUACUUCUCCUAUAGGUGGAGCUAUAAAGGACAAGGAAACAGAAGAGUUACAACAUUGAGACCUGCCACAGAUCACAGGCCAAGCAACUGCCUAGCAAACUGAGGACCCUAGUUCACCUCCAGUAGACAGUAGAACCUUCCUUUGUGUUCUUGAUGCAGAAAUUGUUUUCCCAUAGAUGAUCCACUAGGAGUUGGCAAUUCUCCAUGUAUUGUCUAAAGCAAUGUUAUUAGUACUGUGUCCUUUGAAUACAUGUCUGUUACACCUUACUGUGUCUGAUGGUUUUUGGUUGUUCAUCAGUACGUCACAAGGCUUUGCAAGCAAGGCAAGCUUCCACCAAUAUUCUUGUGGACCCUUUUGGAAUCGUAUCUUAUCCAUCCUGUGAAUUGUUUCUGCUAGGAUCAUCAUCUCCCUCUGUCCUAGUUUCCAGCAGGGAUUACGAUCUAUCAUUCUUAUCUCAAAUGCAGCAUCAAUUACAAUCACUACAAUGUAUGAUUUCAUUUAAACUACCUGUACGUUUUGAACAUAGUAACUUUGUUCUGAUAAGUUGAAUGUCCAAUCUACUUUUGAUAAAACACUUAAUAAAACGAUUUUUUUAACUA